UUGGUCCUGCAGGUGUCCAUGAUGGCGGUGGACGACAUGUAUGGAGACGUGCCAAUGAUCGAGAGGGACCGUUACUGGAACGAUUCCAAUCCAAGGCCCCCCUACACGGCAGCCACCCUCUUCCCUCUGGAGGACAUCGCCGAGAACAUGGAGGAGUCGGGCUCCCACCACCCCAACAUGGCGCUGUUCAACCGCCUGCUGAACGCCGCCCCCUCCCCGUCGGGCUUCAUGGGGGGGGCCCUCCGCCGGACCUCCGCGCAGCUGCAGAGGCUGUACCACUCCCCCAGCAUCGACCGUUGCCCUAGCGACGAGGAGGAGGAGGAGGAGGAGGGCUGCAAGGUGGGAAAAGGCGGGUCCCUGCCCUCGGGUUUGGGCCAGGACACGCAGAGCACCGUCUGCAGUUUCCGGGACGAGAGGAGCCCCAAGACCCCCAAAACCCCCCUGCUGGAGAUCCGGUUCUCAGAGGAACCGGACGGGAACCGAAACCCCCCCGAGAUCCAGACCCGCGGGGAG